AUGGCUAACAAAAAGAAGAAGACUGGGUCCCAUAAAUCUCAGUUGAAACAGCAAAAUUCUGAACUUCUUCAUGAUUUAACUGUUCUAGCAUUAGCGGCCCCUUCUUUGUCUCGUACUGUUCAUGCUACAGUGCAUCACAAUUCAAAUUUGAAUCACAGCCCGCCGAAUGCUUCAGCCCCUAAUCGUACCUGUACUGAUCAUCAUGUCAUCUCUUCCCCGCAUGGUUCAGAGCCUCAGCAUCACACUGAUCCAUCCCCCAGUAUUAACCAUGUUCUUGUCGAUGAUUGGUCUAAUGAAGAAGAUUUGGAAGAUGAGGAAGUGGAUUUUGAUUCUUCUCCUGAGGAUUAUGCAGGGGGCUCUAAAUUUUUCACCUCUCCAGUGGUACCGGUCCCACCUGUUCAUGUUGCAUCCUCACCAAGUGCUCAGCCAACCGCUGUUGGGUCCCCUGUAGUUGUCCAAUCCGUUGAUGUUGCUUCCCCUGUAUCUGGCCAGCCCGAUGUUGUUGUCAAGGCCACAUGCACCACGUCAGUUCCCACUAAUUCCAAGUCAGCUCCUGUGGAUCAUGUGGUAAGUGGUAAUUCCAACCACUCUGAGCCUUCUUCUAGCUCUUGGCGCAAUCUGUUUGUUUCUAAUCGUGACAAUACUCGUUGCCCUAAGCUCCUCCAUUAUUCUGCUUUAACUGAUACUCGAGGCUGUAAUUUAUUUGAUGAUGACUUAGACAUUAAAUGUGAUCUUUGGAAGCGUUGCCUUGUUGGUUAUAUUGCUGGCCGUUCACCAGGUUUUAAAGCUUUGCAGAAUCUCAUUGUCAACACAUGGCAAUGUGAGGCAUCCAUAACUAUCCACGAUUCUGGUUGGUUGAUUUUUACUUUUGACAAUGAUGCUGACAAAUCGCAUGUUUUAGAUGGGGGUCCUUAUUUAGUUUAUGGUAGGCCUCUCAUCCUUAAGCCAAUGACAGAGUAUUUUGAAUUCUCAUCUACAGAGAUGCACACUGUUCCGGUAUGGGUUAAAUUCCCUAAUCUCCCUCUUAAAUGUUGGUCACUCAAAUGCUUAUCAAAAAUUGCCAGUGUUCUUGGCAGACCUGUCCAAAGUGAUAUGUUUACUGCUUCUAUGGCCAGACUUUCCUAUGCCAGAGUAUUGGUUGAAGUAAACUUACUAUCUGAUCUGCCUUCCUCCAUUGAAGUUACUUUGCCGAAUGGCCACAUACUUCAUCAACAAGUUGUGUAUGAAACUCUCCCUCGUUUCUGCAAGCAUUGUAGAAAACUUGGGCAUUUAACUUCCACUUGCACCAACAUCCCGCCUUCUAAUAUUACAACAAAUCCAAAGACAUCUGUCUUUGUUGCCCCUGCUCCCACAGGCCGGAAUUCUGUUUGCAAUUGUCUAGAACCUCAACAAGGUCCUUCUGUGAAUGACAAGCCAGAGGUAAACUUGCCGAAUGCUUCUAUUCCCCAUUCAACUCCGAUUGAGACUGAGUUGGACACCAUGAGACAAGAUGCUACAUCUAAUCCUGAUGGAUGGGAAGUUGUUCAACGGAAAAAAGGGAGACGCAAGCACUCCCCCUCAAGGGUUUCUUUGAAAUCGCGUCAGGUGGACUCUCACCUAUCUCACAAAGCCACUCAUACGGUUCAGGAGGAAAGCCAACUUCAUCCCUCAUCACCUGUCAUUCACACCAUAUCAACACCCCCUCCUGAAGUGGAUUCUGGGACUACUCAUGGCAAAUCUGUGGUUGCUAUAAGCGCACCAGGUCAGUGCACAUCUUGUUCAAUUAGGAUGCCCAUAAGCAAACGAGCUCAGCAGCUCACCAAUGGUGUUUCUGGCAGGGCUUUGUCUAAAGUAUCUUCGAUGCAGCAAUUUCGGUUGAAGAAAUGGAAAGUUCAUUCCAAUGCAGAAGUAGCCUCAUCAGCUCGCAUUGUAGUUUUCUGGAACCCUGCUACUGUUCAUGUUGAAUUACUUGACGUUUCAGCUCAAGGUCUUCAUGUUCUUAUCUCUAGUCGGGUUCAUCAGUUCAGCAUUUAUGCCACCUUUGUUUAUGGUUUUAAUACUCUACUUGCUAGGAGAACUCUUUGGAGUGACUUGAGAAACUGGAGUCCCAAUUCCCCUUGGAUUAUUUUAGGCGACUUCAAUUCUGUUUUAUCUCAAGAUGACAAGCAUAAUGGGGAAGCAGUGUCCACUUACGAGACUGCGGACUUCAGGCAGUGUUGCUCCGAUCUGGGGCUAAUAGAUUUAAAUUAUUCUGGAUGCCACUACACUUGGUCCAACGGCAAGGUCUGGACCAAACUUGAUCGUGCUCUUGUUAAUUCACUUUGGUCUCCAGCUCAUGCCUCUGCUCACGUCCAUUUUGACAAUCCUGGUGCUUUCUCUGAUCACUCUCCUGUUACUAUCACUCUCCAGUCUAGGUCUUUUAUUGGUAAGAAGAGCUUCAAAUUCUUUAAUAUGUGGACUCACCAUGUCAGCUUCUCAGACUUGGUUGCAGCUAACUGGCAUCAUGAGUUUUAUGGGUCGCCUAUGUUCACCUUUUGUAAGCGGCUCAAAGCUCUUAAAGGGCCUUUAAGAGAACUCAAUAGAUUGCACUACAGUCAUAUCUCUGCUAGGGUUGCUCGUGCAGAGGCAGCCUUAGACCACCAUCAAACUAUCUUCUCGAAUGACAGAGAUAAUCCUCAACUCCUCGCAGAGGAUAAGCUCCUUCGGCAACAGUUUCUUCAUCUCAAAGCAGCUGAACGUCAAUUUUUCUCUCAAAAGCUCAAAUUUACUUUUCUCAAAGAGUGUGACCAAGGCUCUUCUUUUUUUCAUGCACUAAUGAGCAGGAAGCAUUGGCAGAAUUAUAUUCCGGCAAUUCAUCGUAGUGAUGGCACUAUUACUACUUCUAUUGAUGAAGUGGGGACGGUGUUUGUUGAUUAUUUUAGCCACUUACUUGGCACAUCUAAAGACACCCUUCCUCUUGAUAGCUCUGUCAUUCAGCAUGGCCCUUGCCUGGAUGCUAACACUCACGCUUCUCUUCUUGCUCCAUUCACUGAUUUGGACAUCAAGAAUGUUCUAUUUGCUAUUGAUGAUGAUAAAGCUCCAGGGCCUGAUGGUUACUCAUCUUGUUUUUUCAAAAAGUCUUGGGAUGUUAUAGGUGGGGAUUUCUGCCGUGCAGUAAGGGAUUUCUUUGAGUCUGGCGCCAUGCUUAAGCAAAUCAAUCACUCUAUCAUUGCUUUAAUUCCUAAAUCUACCAACUCUUCUUUUGCCUCUGAUUUUCGUCCGAUUUCCUGCUGUAAUGUUAUAUAUAAGGUCAUUGCUAAGCUCCUUGCAGUGAGAUUAUCUCAUGCUCUCUCAAAUAUUAUUAGUCCUAUGCAAAAUGCUUUUUUGGGUGGUCGACUUAUGGCUGACAAUAUUCAUUUGCUCCAAGAGCUUCUCCGAGAUUAUGAAAGGAAAAGAUCUUCUCCCCGUUGCUUGUUGAAGAUUGAUUUUAGAAAAGCCUUUGAUUCAGUCCAAUGGCCUUUCCUUCGACAGCUCUUGUUAAUGCUUGGUUUUCCCAACCACUUCGUUCACUUAAUUAUGCAGUGUGUUGAGACUGCUUCAUAUUCUAUAGCCGUUAAUGGUAGCAUCUUUGGCUUCUUUCCAGGGAAGAAUGGGGUUCGGCAAGGUGAUCCUUUAUCCCCAUAUCUCUUUCUUGCAUGCAUGGAAUAUCUCUCCAGAAUGCUUCGUAUGGCUUCUCUAUCUCCUGGCUUUCGGUUCCACCCCAAAUGCAAUUCUCUAGGCAUUUCCCAUCUUGCUUUUGCAGAUGAUGUGAUCCUACUUUCAAGAGGAGAUAGGCAAUCUGUUUCUACUCUUUUUUCGCAACUAGUUUCUUUUGGAAAGGUUUCCGGUCUACAGAUUAAUGCCAACAAAUCCUUUAUAUUUUUUGGAGGAGUCACAGACAGCAUUAAGCAGCUCAUUCUCCAGGACACUGGCUUCGUUGAGGGAUCCUUCCCAUUUCGCUAUCUUGGCGUUCCCUUAAGCCCCCACCGUCUCCUAGCCAGUCAGUUCUCUCCCCUUCUCAACAAGAUUCACUCUACUAUUUAUGGUUGGCUGGGGAAGCAUCUUAGCUAUGCUGGGAGAGUGGAGCUUCUCAAAUCAGUCCUUUUUGGCAUGGUUCACUUUUGGUUGAAUAUAUUCCCUGUCCCCGACACUGUUAUCAAGCAAAUCACGUGUCUCUGCCGAAAUUUCUUGUGGACUGGCAAUGUCUCUAGGAGUAAAUCUGCUUUGGUAGCUUGGCGUACAGUUUGUCUUCCUAAAGCUGAAGGUGGCCUAGGCUUGUUUGACAUAAAGGCUCGCAAUAACAGUUAUCUUGCCAAACACAUAUGGAACAUUCAUCUUAAAGCUGAUUCCAUUUGGAUUCAAUGGGUCCAUCAUUACUAUUUACAUUCUCACUCCAUUUGGAACACCGCAGCUUCCCCAACCUCCUCGCCUUUAUGGAAAUCCAUCAUCAUCCUACGUGAUAAUCUUGUUGAAAUGGGAGGUGGUCAAUCCAAUACUGUCUCUCUGAUGGCUCACUGGAGCACCUCUACAGGUCCUUUCACUGCUCAUGCUUAUGAUUUUCUUCGGGUUCGUAGCUCUCUUGUCCGGUGGAGAAACGUUGUCUGGGAGUCUUGGUCCAUGCCCAGAUACAAUUUUAUCCUGUGGUUGGCUGUUUUGGGAAGGCUUCGCACGCGAGAUAGACUCCACUUUCUCCAAACUGAUUCCUCUUGUGUCUUCUGCCAAGUGGAAGAAGAGAGUCAUAGCCAUUUGUUCUUCGGUUGCACUUGGACCUCUUCUCUUUGGCUUAAGAUCAAAAAUUGGCUUCGUAUAUCAAGGACCAUGUCUUCUCUGCUCAGUGCCAUUCGGGGUCUCUCAAGAAUCGGUAACAAUGCAGUUGGAAGAAUGAGGAGAGCCUCCCUUGGUAUUCUGGUUUAUAUAAUCUGGGAUGAGAGGAAUAAAAGGAUAUUUGAGGGGAAGUGCACCACCAUUGAUUCUCUCUUUCGUAAAUUUCAGCUGGUUAGCUUGGCUGGUAGUGGCGGGUUCUUCAAUUCAGCUUCGGAGGUGGAGGUGGUUGCUGUUACUCCUGGCUUUCUUCACGUCGUUCUUGCAUGUUGGUCUAUAAGGGAGUCUGUUCCCUUUCUGAUCAUCUUUGCUUCUGAACCUGCUG